AAAUGGUGGACGGCGUUACUUGGUCAGAAAAUUCACGUGUGCUAGCAAGCAAAAACUUGUUUUUAUUGUUGACUUCAAUGUGCUUGCAGAAAGCGAUUUAAGGAUGACAGACGGCUUCGGUACUAUCACUUGGUGGGGAUUUAGUCCAGCACUUGAUCUUCAGGACAAGGAUGUCAUAUCAGCUCUAAAGGGACUCAGACUGGACAGUGAUGACGGACCAGAUGAGCUGCGGAUCCUCCUGGUGGGGGCUGGAGACAUGAGACAUCUACUCACUACUGUGGCUAGAUCUUACCGCCACGGAAAAAGGAAACUCCACUUUUAUGUAAUUGAAAAUAACCUGGAAUUGUAUGCUAGAGACAUGCUGUUUAUGACCAUUGCUUUAGAAACUCAAAAAAGAAUGGGCUUACAAGAAAAAACAGAGUUGUUUCUUGAGUUAUUUGGAAAUAUUCUUGUGCGGAAACAGUCCUGUGAAUAUGUGGAGAAAAUGGCUACAGAGUUUAUUAAAAUGGUUACUGAUUUUGAAUACUUGGAGAAGAAACUUCCCAUCUUUGACUUGUCACAGCUGAAGUACAAAGAGAGGGAUUUCUUGGAGAGUAUUUUCAAAUUUUGGAGAGUUUCUGACACAAAAUUCUUUGAUGCAGAAAAAGUCUGGGACUUGAGACUUCGCCAGUUGAUGGGGAACAGAUAUGAUAACAGACUCAACAUAGUUGACUGGGAUCUCAAUAUGAAAUUAGUCUACAGAGAUGCUGACAUCAUCAACUCCCGUGAGUACAGGAAGUGGAGGAACCAGGGAAUCGCGUUUGAAGUACGAGAGGGGAGUUAUGACAUCCCUAACAGAACACUAGCUUCAGGAAUGGUAUUCAAACAUGAAGGGGAGCGGCACCACAGGCGGGGGUACUGGGGAGACAUUCUUGUUAGUCCCUACGUCGCCCUCGGUAUUGAGUGUGAGGACAAAUCCUUCUUUAAGAAAAGCAAUAACGUCUACAUGAAGGCAUCUCAACACAUAGCCGAAUACAACAUACUGUCGAUGUUCCACGAGAUCGCUACACAGACAAAAUAUGAGCCACCAAAACCACAGGAUGACAAGUCUGAGAGCAAAGAUUCCAAAGAUGAUGGCCCAACCAUUACAGACAUUACAGAGGAAACUGAGGAAGAUCUGAACAAGGAUGAAGAGGCAAAGGAGACUGCAGAGGAAACAUUGAAAAAGCUAGAGGAGGAAGCUGAUGCUGAUGCUGAGGAGCAGGCAAGAAAACAGCAAAGAGGCCCUGAGGUGUCGACUCUGGACCAGGAAUAUGAGGCCUUGUCCGUGGACGGCGUAAAAGUAACGUUCCUGCCAAUCAGUAGCCUGACUGAACUGUCAAAGAAGAGCAAGUACAAGAAUCUGUUUCAUGUGAUUUACUUUGCCAACAGUUUGGUGCACCUUUUAAAGGAAGAUAUAUCACCUGUUUUUGCUGACCAAGCAACACUGAUUCUGGAAUCUGCCAGAUAUAUGUUGGAACUGAAAACAGAUCAAGUAGCUGAGUUUGGGAAAACAGUGACAACAAUAGCAACGGAUGCAGGGUGUGAGGCUUUUGGCACCAGUGACUUUGAGAAAGCAAAAUUCUUCAAAUUUUCUUACAACCGAAAAUCCAGCUGAAGUUGCCAGAAUGUGUGAAUUCAAAGAUGGCGAUGCCUCACACAAAACAUUAAGACUUGGUGCAAUAGUGAUUCACUCACGGCAAGCAAGGCAAUGUUGAACAAAGUAUUACUAACGAAUGGUCGCUAGCACGGCUCCUUACACACUUGCCAGGAACAGAAAGGAGGAUUUUGUUUGGAAAAUAUAUCCAAUGAAUGUGAUGACAGUAGAAGUUAUUCAUUCAGGUUUUCAUUAAUUUGUUAAUAAGAAUCUCAAUGAUGUGUAUGUCAAAGAGCUUCUCAUUGACUUGUGCGCUAUAAAGAUUCUGAAUGAUAAGUUCGUUAUUUACUAACUUAAUACAACUUGAUGCACAUCAGGCUGGAACAAAUGGCUACAGUUAAGGAGUAGAAUUCCACUAUGGCGUAGACAGGAACAAAAUGUUGUAUGAGCUCUGAUAUGAAUAACUUAUGCUAGUUUCAAUACAGACGCGAUCAUUGAAUGUGAAAAUGAUGACACUGUGACAACAGAGAUCCAGAAUCCCUGUACUUAUUGUUGACUGUGUAUAAAACAUGUUACAGUAUUAUAUGUAAACUGCUUAGAGAGCUCCACCUCGAAACGAAUUGAUAUAAAAACACAAUGUGUUCAACUUGAA